UCCAGUAGAUGGCGGUAAUACAUAAAACCUGACAGAAGAAGAAGAAGCAUCAUGGCGGCUCACUGAUCCAACACUAGGAAGAUGUUUGCCCUUUUAAAUUCUCGAGUGUUUCAGACAGCCCUGUCAAAACAUGGGAUCAUACCUAACUUGUCAGUGCAACGUCUCAGAAGUCUGUCCACAACCCAACAAGAGGACAAAUUAAAUGAUAUGCCCAUUAAAAUGGAAAACCCAUAUAAACAACCGCAGAAGGGCUGCAUUCUGUGUAACGUGUCGGUGGAUUAUAAAAACAUCCAGUUGUUGUCUCAGUUUAUCUCUCCACACACGGGAAGAAUAUAUGGCCGGCACAUCACAGGUUUGUGCGGUCGCAAACAGAGGGAGGUGACCAAAGCGAUCAAGAGAGCUCGCUCGAUGGGUUUCAUGUCAGUAACACUGAAAGAUCCACAGUUUAUCAAAGACCCCAACGUUUGUGGCAUCAGACACCUGGAGUAGCAAGAAAACAUGAUGAUUAGGCUUUAUUACUGAACCAAAUAAAAAUCUGACUGUCAACCUGU